AUGAAGGCAUCUCUCUUCCUCGUCGCCUCGGGCGCUCUUCUGGCCAUGGCCAAGCCCCUCGAGAAGCGCGUCCUCGAGAUCGAGACGGUCACCGACAUCGUCUAUGUCACUGUCACGGACGGCAUUCCCCUGCCCACCAAGUCCAUCAUCAACGGCGGCCAGCACACCACUGCUGCUCCUCCCCCGCCUCCCCCUCCCCCGCCGAGCACCUCGGCCGCCCCUCCUCCGCCCCCGCCUACUCCGGAGCCCGUCCCUCAGCCCCAGCCUACCCCUGAGGUCAAGCCCGUCGAGAUCCAGCAGGCCCAGUUCGCGCCCGCUCCCUCGCCCCAGCCGGCGCAGCAGGAGCAGCCCAAGCCUCAGCCUGCCGUCCAGGUUGCUGAUGCUGCCUCGCCCACCGACUUCCCCAGCACUGUCCUCUACCACCACAACAUCCACCGUGCCAACCACAGCUGCCCUGCCAUGACCUACAGCGAGGAGCACGCCGGCUACGCUGCUCAGUCUGCCAAGAGCUGCAAGUUUGCCCACGACCUCACUCCCGGUGGUGGUCACUACGGCCAGAACAUUGCCAUGUACGCUGCUACUGGCGAUGUCGAGUCCAAGGGCGCCUCUGCCAUUGUCGCUCAGGCUAUCACCGACAUGUGGUACAACAGCGAGCUCCCGCUGUACCCCGACUCCGGCUACGGCCAGAGCAGCCCCGACAUGAGCAACUUUGAGGGCUGGGGCCACUUCUCCCAGGUCGUCUGGAAGGGCUCCACCUCGGCCGGAUGCGCCGCUCAGUACUGCCCCCCUGGCACCAUGUUUGACGGCAUGGGCGCUUGGUUCACAGUCUGCAACUACUUCCCUGCCGGUAACAUGGGCGGCGCUUAUGGCGACAACGUCCUCCGUCCCCUCGGCAAGUCGACUGUCACCGCGUAA